AGUCAGUCAUCUGUGUGUUCAACUGAUUUCUAGAGAAUGAUUAAAAGACUGAACCUUGAUAGUACAAAAAAAAAAUAGGUGUUCCUAUUAAAGUGUCCAGGGCACACUGUGAUACUUCUCAUGUUAUUAUUCAUAUAUCCGUUAAUCUGAAGAUUUUCUGCUGCGAUCUGAGGAAGAAGAAGAACAACAGAGAAGAAGAUGAAGAUCAUCAUCCUGGUCUUUUUAGUUUUCUCAUGUCUGGCUGUGAGGGGGAUAAAUUCAUGUCUUUUCCCAAGUGUGCCUAACGCCCAGCCGAGAAGUGAUUUAAAGGACUCCUAUAGUUCUGGAGAAACUGUUAGAUUUGAAUGUAACCAGGGCUAUGGGUUUGAAGGAACACAUUACGCAGUUUGUGACAAUGGAACUUGGAGGCUGCCGGUGUGUAAAGAUGCAACAUGUACCGCUCCACAUGUGGAAAACGCCAAACCUGAAAAGGAGUUAGAAACAUCCUAUGCAGGUGGAGACACUGUUAAAUUUGUAUGUGACAGCAACUAUGAGCUUGAAGGAACAUAUUACGCACUCUGUGACGAUGGAACAUGGAGUCUGCCAGUGUGUAAAGAAAGAAUAACGUGUGGUAAACCAGAAGUGCAAUACAGUGAACGUGACAGUACAUUAAGAGACUCCUAUAGCAUGGGAGAGAGGGUUCAAUUUCAGUGCCGCAGCAGCUACGAGUUUGCAGACAGGGAUUAUGCGGAGUGUGAAGAAACUGGAACCUGGAGGCUGCCAGUGUGUAGACGUAAUUGUCCUCAUUUUAAAAACACUGAACAACAUGGUGAUUAUCUAUUAAAGACAAAAUCAUUUCACUGGAAAUCCUUCACCAGUGAUUUUCCCAUCAGUCUGGACUGGUUGUGUUUUAUUCUAGUUAGAUGGAAGACGUGUAGAUUUAUCAACCAGAAAAAGAAAACAAAAAACAACAGAUAAUGUUUUUUAUAUUCUAUUUAGUAAAAUGGUCAGAAGUUAAUGACUCCAUGUGUGCACAAGUAAAUAAAAACAUUCUAAAUUAAAGCCAUGUAUAAAAGCUCGAAAUGCAGUGGUGUGUAAAGCUCCACGUAUCUCACACGGCCGUCCUGCAGAACGUUUAGCAGAGAGCUAUGCUACAAGAAGAACUGUAAGGUUUCAGUGUGACCGCGGCUAUGAGUUUGAACAAAGUGCCUAUCCAGUUUGUACAGAUGGACAAUGGCACCUGCCCGUGUGUAAACGUAAGUGUUCUCAUUGCAAACCUGACUUCUUUAUAAACACAGAAAUAUUCAAGAUAAAAAUUUUAUUUCACAGGAAAACCUUUUAAACCUGAUUAAAUAGAGACACAUGAUUUUGAAAAAGUUUCAGAAGCUCUUAAAUCCUACUUGUCUGUGAAGUGUUCAGUUUGUUCAUGGCACAGCUCAUUGUCGAGUAAAAAAGCAAAACAAAAAUCAAAUUGGCUUGAAAAAGCAAGUUGUUGUAAUGUCCAGAACUUUUGAAGGCAAGUGGACAGAUAGGGUACGAAUACUUUUGGGGGUGAAUGGGUGCAUGUGAUGUCGCCAGAAUACACAUAACACAGUUCUCCUCAUUGUUCCGAGUGUUUUGAUACAUCACGUGAAUGUUGCACUUAAUAUUGAAGGAAAACACAGAUAGAUUGAAAGCUUGAUGACUUAUAAAAUGUAACAAUUUUUAAUGGAAUUCUAUGGGAAUUUAGGUCAAUUUAAGCAUCCGUACCGGAAAAACCGGAAUUCCGAUUGCUUGUAAAAGUAAUAAAAGUCUCUAAACUCUACUGGGUAAUUUUUAUAAAAGACUGAUGAACACUUUCAGGUGCAGCGACUGGGAGUUCUGCUGUUUCUGAGAACAGAGAGACAUCUUUGCUUGUUAACAAUGACCACAGAUUCACUCACAGCUUUCUCUGGUUCUGCGUCACUAUUAUUCCUUUAAUCUCACAA